AUGAAGUCUUUGAAGCCGCUCGAACUCGCCGCCUUCUUUUUGGUAUUAUCACUGUUCGUGGUGGAGACUGGCCUCUCGGUUGUUGAGCAUUCGAUUCUGUGCUCGACCUUACUCGCCAACUCUGUACUUCUAAUGAUCUUGAUGUAUCGACCAAUGGACAACAAAUCAGAGGCGCUGUUUUUCAGGAUAUGUGCUUGCGUGGCGUUCGUUGCAAUCCUUUUCGUCUCGCUUACUCACGCAUUUGAAGCGUUGUCAGUCCACGGCGAACACCUACAUAGCGACCAAAAUGUUCUCUGGCGCUACGUGGCCAUCGUGGAUUUGAUCGUGAAGUCGGUGCUCGUGCUUUCCGGCUUGGCCCCAUCGCUCGGUCUUUGGCGUCCAGCGCAACUGUUACUGCACGCCAUGGCUCCAAUCUUGGUGAUUGCGGUUUCGAUUCAAAAGUUUGCCGACUUCUUCGACUUUGCCGUCACCGGAGACAAAUUGGAUGCCAUCUUAUCGCUGAUGGUGGUUUUCACGUCAGUUGGCAUCAUUCUUCCUGCAUUCAAAGGAUUGAAGCCCUACAUCUUCGCCGACACGCCAACCUUCUUUGACCCGAAAGAUUUCCAGAGCGAAAUCAAUUCUACGUUCCCCGGGAUCCGCUGCUCGCAUAUCCACGUCUAUCGCCAAUGGCCGGCGGCUUUUGAAGCGUUAAUCCACUUGGAGCUAACGGUGGAUCGACGAGCCAGAAAUUGGGCGGAGAGCGCGCGGCAACGCUACGAGGAAGCCGCAAAGUAUAUGAGAAGCGCGUUGUGCAAGGGAGGAGCGAAAAAGGUGCUGGUCGAGCCGAAAUUCGUGACGGAAGGCGCGAGCGGGAUGCCGUGGAGCGGAUGCGUGGCGUCAGCGUGCCAGAAGGAGACCGGCUGCUGUCAACCGUCCACACCAACUUUGACCUCGGCCCCGACCCAUACCCCU